AUGGGAAAAAAUGGCGUACUCACCGGUCUUCGUAAAGAUAAAAAUAAAAAGCCCGAGCCUCUAGGCUGUUCGACCAUGGUGGAGGUGGAGGUGGAGGUAGAGCAACUUGGCAGGGAGGAUGUUCCUCCAGCCGCUAAAGCCGCUGCUAUCGCUCCAGUUGCAAAAGCCACUGCUGCCGCUCAAGCCGCCGCUACAGAUCAAGCCGCCGCGGUCACUCAAGCCGCCACUACCACUCAAGCCGUUGUUGUUGCUCAAGCUGUAGCUGCAGCUCUUCUAGUAAUUCAUGAAGGUCAAAAAAUAAAAAGGAAUGGAAGAGUGGGAAAAAUGAGUACUCACCCGUUUUCGCCAAAAAAAAAGCUGAAGCCUAAACAAAUUGCAACGGGUGAAUCAAAAUGGAAAAAGGAAUCAUAA